UCCCUCUGAGAUAUAACUUAGGUCGCGGACCCACCACCCUCUGCAGCCGAACCUGCGACGUGGUCUCUCGCCUUCCUCCCCAGACAGCAUGAGCUUCACCACCCGUUCCACUACCUUCUCCUCCAACUACCGGUCCCUGGGCUCGGUCCGAUCGCCCAGCCACCGGCUCCGACCGGCCAGCAGCGCGGCCAGCGUCUAUGCAGGCGCUGGGGGUUCGGGCUCUCGGAUCUCCGUGUCCAGCUUCAGUAGCCGGGGGUCCGGGGGCCUAGCUGGGGGGACCAUUGGGGGUCUGGCAGGAAUGAGCGGCAUCCAAAGUGAGAAGGAGACCAUGCAGGACCUGAAUGACCGCCUGGCCUCCUACCUGGAUAGAGUGAGGAGCCUGGAGACCGAUAAUAGGAGGCUGGAGAGCAAAAUCCGAGAACAUCUGGAGAAGAGGGGGCCCCAGGUCAAAGACUGGGGGCAUUACUUCAAAACCAUCGAGGAGCUGAGAGCCCAGAUCUUUGCGAGUUCUGUAGACAACGCCCGCAUCGUCCUGCAGAUUGACAAUGCUCGUCUUGCUGCUGAUGACUUUAGAGUCAAGUAUGAGACAGAGCUGGCCAUGCGCCAGUCUGUGGAAGCCGACCUCCAUGGGCUCCGAAAGGUCAUUGAUGACACCAAUAUCACCCGUCUGCAGCUGGAGUCAGAAAUUGAGGCUCUAAAGGAGGAGUUGCUAUUCAUGAAGAAGAACCAUGAGGAGGAAGUCAAAGGCCUCCAAGCCCAGAUUGCCAGCUCUGGGUUGACAGUGGAGGUGGAUGCCCCUAAGUCUCAGGACCUUGGUAAGAUCAUGGCAGACAUCCGGGCCCAGUAUGAAGAGCUGGCUCAGAAGAACCGAGAGGAGCUGGACAAGUACUGGUCCCAGCAGAUUGAAGAGAGCACCACAGUGGUCACCUCUCAGUCUGCUGAGAUUGGAGCUGCUGAGAUGACACUCACAGAGCUGAGACGCACGUUCCAGGCAUUGGAGAUUGACCUGGACUCCAUGAGAAAUCUGAAAGCCAGCUUGGAGAACAGCCUUCGAGACGUGGAGACACGCUACGCCAUGCAGAUGGAGCAGCUCAAUGCCGUUCUGCUGCACUUGGAGUCAGAGCUAGCACAGACCCGGGCAGAGGGGCAGCGCCAGACCCAGGAGUAUGAGGCCCUGCUAAACAUCAAGGUCAAACUGGAAACUGAGAUCGCCACCUACCGCCGCCUAUUGGAAGAUGGGGAGGACUUCAAACUCAAUGAUGCCCUAGACAGCAGCAGCUCUGUGCAAACCAUCCAAAAGACCACCACCCGCAGAAUUGUGGAUGGCAAAGUGGUAUCUGAGAUCAAUGACACCAAAGUGCUGAGGCACUGAGACAAAGAAAAAGGAGACCUUUGGGGAACAGAGGGCCAAUAAAAGUGCAAAGCCCAUUG